GAGGGAGGGAAAAGAUUAGAUUACGUUGAGCAUAGCAUAACUAGGACUAGGAAAAAGGCAAAGAUUAUUCUCCAUCCCUUUCCCUAAGGCAGGGUAAAGGCUUAGGUUCUGCACUACCUAACUGGAAUGAUAUUCCCAGCUACCUGGCUACACGGGUAUAUAAUAUGCACCUUGACCUGAAAAUGGCUCAGUUGCUUAUUGUCCACUCAAGAAGAACAAUGAUUCGAUUACUGCUGCUCUUAUUGCUCUGCUGCUCUCGCAGAGUCGCCCUGACCACUAGCUACGUAACGGUUGAUAGUUCUGUGCAGCCUGCGCUUGCCGAGCAGCUUGAGAUGAUUGAUUUGCUGGAUUUGGGUGACAGACCAAGACGUAUGGCCCAGCCCACCGAGCUCCACAACUCUGCCUCAAAGUUUCUGCUGGAAGCUUACAAUGAGAUCAGUGAGGAGCAGGAGCCGCAGGAGGUGCUGCAGCAGCGACACAAACGCUCGCUGGACGAUGACAUCCUGCUCACUCGCGAGGAUCGCAAGGAAAUGGCCAGCUGCAACAGCAUACUGACCUUCUCCAGCCGUGCCCAGUCCAGCUCCUCUGAGCAGGACCAGCUGGACAUGCACAUCACAUUCAACACGAACGAUGUGCCCGUAGACCUAAUGCUGAUGCAGGCCACGCUGCGCAUCUACAAGCAGCCCAGCGUGCUGGAGAAGCGCCAGAAUCUGACUGUCUCCGUUUACAGGACGAUUCACAGUCAUCAGCAGGGCAUAGAAGCGCCUCCUGUCUAUCGCAUUCUCAGCUCUGUGAAUACCACGGCCCACUACAAGGGCUGGCUGGAGUUCAAUCUGACGCGGACGCUGCGUACCUGGCUGCUCAGCAGGAGUCCGGAGCGCCACGAGCUGCGCAUCUCGCUGGGGGAGGAGGCGCCGCUCACUGCUUGGCAUGCGGGUCUGGUAGCUCCGCAGGACAUCCAGUCCAAUCUGCAGCCCUUCAUUGUGGGCUACUUCAAAGGACCCGAGCUGCUGGUGAAAGUGCAAAAGCUGCGCUUCAAGCGGGAUCUGCAGAAGCGGAAGGCAUCCCAGCCACGCCCACCCCCGCCGGCAGACCUCUACAAGCCGCCACAGUCCUGCGAGCGUCUCAAUUUCACGGUGGACUUCAAGGAACUCCAAAUGCACAACUGGGUCAUUGCGCCCAAAAAGUUCGAGGCGUACUUCUGCGGCGGCGGCUGCAAUUUUCCGCUGGGCACAAAAAUGAAUGCCACGAAUCACGCGAUUGUCCAGACUCUGAUGCACCUCAAGCAGCCGCAUCUGCCCAAGCCCUGCUGCGUGCCCACUGCUCUGGGCGCCAUCACCAUCCUCCGAUACAUCAACGAGGACAUUAUAGACUUGACCAAGUAUCAAAAGACGGUCGCCAAGGAGUGCGGAUGCCACUAAAGGGCUCCCUAAUUAAUUAAAUUUACUUUUAACUUACUUUUAGUUGCUUCUAAGGAUCA